AUGAGCAUGGUCGACUGGAGCUCCACACCAGUGAGCGGCGAGGUCGUGUGGCCUUUGCUCAACCACGUCUCGAUGGCGCGGCGCUCGUACGUCAUCCCAUCCAUCAUCACGACCGGAUCGUCCAUCAGCGCGAAGGUGAUCGGGCAGAGGAAGGCCUCGGGGAUGUCCGAGGGUCGAGUGGAUGGCGGAGCAGCCUCGUCUACCAGCUCCGUGAGGGCGGCCGCCGCGUGCUGCAGCGGUUCCAUCGCCUCCAACGGCUCGAACUCGAUCGGCCGCUCGACGGCGCCAAGCCGCUCCUCGAGGCUCUCCCUACUCAGCACGCCGACACUGGCCUCCAACAAGUCCCCGUCGCUAUUCACCGCCGCGCGCCUCGCCUCGCCCUCCAGCCUCGCGCUCUCCUGGAGCGCAGCCGGUGGCCUCUCGGCUUCCCCCUCUGCUUCCACCUCGUACAACUGUGGCGUCGGUGGAGACCUGUUUGCGCUUGUGUCUUUCAAGGGCAAAACCUACGGCCUCAACGGCUCAGGCCGCAGUCCUCGAGCGCUCAGCCUUGCCGCUGCCCGUGCUGAUGGUCUGCAUGCAGCUAGUGCACACAGCAUCACAGUGCCGGGCGCAGUAGAUGGCUGGGAGCGCUUGUGGCGCCGCUUUGGAAAGCUGCCCUGGUCGGACCUCUUCAAAGAUGCAAUUUACCACGCAAAGCACGGGCACAUUCCGACGCAGGUCGAGGCAAACAUGGCGCUUGCUGCAACUUUAGAGCGACUGGCUGUCGGGGGUGCAGCUGAGUUCUACCGCGGCUCGUUGGCAGACGACCUGUUGCGAGAUACCCGCCGAUUGGGCUCACUGCUCAACGCAUCCGACUUGGCUUCACAUGCUGGUGAGGACAUCACGCCGAUCAGCACAACCUAUCGAGGAUACCGCGUGUGGGAGCUGCAGUCCAACUCGCAGGGACUCACUGCCCUGGAGGCACUGAAUGUGCUUGAAAACUUCAACAUGAGUACGCUGGAGUUCUUGUCAGCAACCCACUUGCAUCACAUGAUCGAAGCCACAAAGCUGGCCUUUGCUGACCGUGCACUAUUCUCUGGUGAUGGAAUGGCGAUCAACAGCAGCAAGUGGCAUCGAGCCACCCAGCGGCUACUGAGUAAGAGAUACGCCGCUCGGCUGAGUCGCACAAUAAGCUCGACAGGGCACAAGAGGCGCAGCAUGGACAACACGAUACGUCCAGACCAAUACGCUUUUAACGGCGCUCGAUUGCAGCCUAACGGCGACACCAUAAGCAUCGUCGCCGGCGACGAGGACGGGAUAAUGAUCAGCCUGAUGCAGUCUAAUUUCAACUCAAAGUUUAUGCUCGAGACGCUCGGAUUUGUGCUUCACAACCGCGGCAACCUGUUCUCCCUGGGUGAAUCUAGCCCGGACCUAUAUGCACCGGGCUCUAGGCCAUUCCAUACGCUCACGCCGGCUCUUGUCACGGUGCGCACUGGCCAUGGAAUCGGGGAACGGCCAUGGCUGGCAUUUGGAAUGACCGGUGGCAGCACGCAGCCGGUUGGGCACCUCCAACUGCUGACUAACAUCAUCGACUUUGGUCUGCCUCUUCAAGCGGCAAUCGAUGCACCACGAUUCACCCACUGGCACCCAAACCAGCCAUCAGGCUACUGGACCGAGCCACACUGGCAGCCGGCGGGGUGGCAAUUGGCGGGAGGCUCACCGUCCGGUUCAAUGGGCACUGCAGGAUUUGUUCAGCUCGAGGCGCUGCAUCCUUGCCUCAGCGCAAGGCGCAUGCAGGCCAUCGAGGUUGUCGGAGACCCGCAGACGCACAGCCGACCAAAUUUCAAACUACAAGGCUACAGAGUCGGUUCAGAUCGACGAGGAUGA